AUGGUUGCUAACUGUAUCAGCUGCGGUGGUGAAAUUUUACCUGAAUUUACGACAUUUGAGAACCGUCGCAAAACGUACUCAGUGCAUUUACAAGGACCAAAAACCGUCUCAACACCUAAAUUGAGGAAGCUGAAAGUCACGAUUGAGGAAGCUCGAAGUCUUUUAUACUGGUCGGAGGCUGAGGCUGGCUUUGGGAAGAUGGGUGUCUGUGGUCUCAGCAUGGGGGGAGUGCAUGCUGCAAUGGUUGGAUCACUGCACCCAACGCCAGUUGCCACGCUGCCAUUCCACUCUCUGCACUCUGCAGUUGUGGCCUUCUGUGAAGGGAUUUUGAAGCACGGGACUGCCUGGGAGGCACUGAGAGAAGAUGCAGCACAGAAAGCUGCAAUGAUGCUCGAGCAAGUGCGAGAACGCAUGCAGUCUGCACUGUCACUGACUGAUGUCACUCGCAUUCCAUUUCUAAAGAAUCCUGAGGCUGUUAUUUUCGUUGCCGCUACUGUAAGCCCCAUAUCUGUUUCCCCGCUGGUUUCCAGCUAUUAA